UGGUCGUCGUCUUAAAACUGCCCGGCCUCUCUGUCUCCCCUGCUAUUAUAGGCCUCCAAUUCCCCAAAGUCUCUCCCUUCUCCAGCUCCCUCCAUCGAUCCAUGGCGAUAAUGCCAGAUCAAGACCGCGCCGCACUGUCCGCACCCCUCCUCCCGCGGCCCGUCUCCCUCUCCACCUCGUCUUCCUUCUCGGCCUCCUCCUCACCGGCGGCGGAUGCAGCAGCAGCGGCGCCGAUGCCGAUGCCGAGGGACACCGCGUGCUGCAAGGCGCUGGCCGUGCUGCGGGACGCGCACCCGGGCGGCGGCUCCGUGUCCUGCCUCUCCCUCUGCGGGGAGUUCCUGCUCAGCGCGUCCACGGGCGCCGACAUCGUGGCCUGGCAGCAGCCGGACCUCCGCCGCUUCGCCCGCUUCGGCCAUGGCGGGGAGGGCGCCGUCAAGGCGCUGGCGGCGUCCGGCGGCAGGGUGUUCUCCGCGCACCAGGACGGCCGCGUCCGCGUGUGGCGGGUGUCCCGGUGCUACAGGUCAGAGAACGCGUUCAAGCUCGUCACCGCGCUCCCCACUACCAGAGACUAUCUAGGCAAGGUGUUCCGCCAGGCGAGCUACGACGGCGCCGCCCAGCAGAGCCGCCGGAGACGAGGCGGGCGACGCCGCCUCUGGAUCGAGCACGCCGACAGCAUCUCCUGCCUGGCGCUCCACGACGGGAACGUGUACUCGGGUUCCUGGGACAAGACGCUCAAGGUGUGGCGCAUGGCGGAUCUCAGGUGCGUCGAGUCGAUACGCGCCCACGAUGAUGCCAUCAACGCCGUGGCUGCCGAUGCCGGCAUCAUCUACUCGGCGUCCGCCGACGGCCGCGUCAAGGCGUGGGAGAAAGGCAAGGCCGGGGGAUCGCAUUCGCUCCAGGGCAUCCUCAUCGCCCGCGACGGCGUGUCGUGGAACGCCGUCGCCGUGAGCGCCGACGGCGGCGGGCGGCGGCGCGUGUACGCCGCGGGCUCCGACGGGCAUCUCGUUGGCUGGGACAGGCUCGGCGGCGGUGGGGAAGUCCGGUGGAGCCUGGCGUGCGACGUGAAGGCGCACGCCAUGGCCGUGCUGUGCCUGUGCGUGGCAGGGGACCUGGUGUGCACCGGCUCCGCCGACAAGACCAUGGGCCUGUGGCGCCGGCAGACGAGCGGCGGCGGUCUCGCCAGGAUCGGCGCCGUCGGAGGCCACGAGGGCCCCGUGAAGUGCCUCCAGGCGUCCUGGUGCAGGGCUAGCAACGGGUGUAUGGUGUACAGCGGAGGGCUGGACAAGAGCAUCAGGGUCUGGUGGGUGCCCAGCGGCCAGAAUGGCGACGACGAGCAGCGGAAUGAAAAGGGCACCAAGGAUGAUCAUGAUCACAAGCCCCGUGUGUUCUUGAGGUGAUCUAAUACUGGAUCUGGAUGGAAGAGCUUGAGAAUUUUUUUAACCUUUUUUUAAUUGCUUGAUAGCACUGCAUUUUACAGUGAUUGCUUGGGCUGGUGAUUGUUUUAUAGAGGUGAGGAUUUAAGGAGUGAUAGAUGUAAAUGGUUGUAAACUGUAGCACUUAUACUCUGAUAGCACCGCAUUUUACAGUGAUUGCCUGGGCUGGUGAUUGUUUUAUAGAUGAGAGGAUCUAAGGAGCGAUGUAAAUGGUUGUAAACUGUAGCACUUAUACUCUGAUGGUCUGCAAAUAGGUUUUGAUUUUAGUUAAGUACAAGUGUAUCUUUCCUAGUCAAUUUAUAAAUAAUUAUCUAUUGACCGAA